UCGAGCCCGGGAUGCCAUGCCCGAGGCAGGCACCAGCUCCUCCGGGAAGUCGUUUCUCCAAAGAGCACGAGGCAAAGUUCUUCAUUGGUUACGACGUUCCCUUCGGGCGUCGCACCAGGUGUGUUGCUGAUGAAACAAAAUAUUUCGUCGAUAUAAACAUUGUACGAACGUUUCUUCCGACUCUGAUUGAAGUACACCGAAAUUUUAGGAGCUUGUGAUUUUUUUGUGUGCCUACGAUCAAAUCUACAGAGUUUACCCGAACGAUGAAUAAUCAGUGAAUGUUCAAAAAAUACGAAAAGUUUGUCCGCCAAAUUGAGGCUUUUUGUAAGGGGGUUUUUUUUUGGUGAUCCGUUCGUUCUCUUCCGGGUUUCGAUGCACUCGGAUCGAAUUUCUUUUUUAUAUUUCACAAGCACCUAUCGAUUUAUUUACAUAUCACCGGUCAACGAUUAGCAAAUGCUAAUUCCUUCGUACAGCUUCCUCGUGCAACGUCAACUCAUUUAAGGUCGAUGGACAUGGCACGGAAGCGGGACCGGAACUUGACGAGGAGAUGGAGAAGGUCUUCGCUAUGGACUCCGGGGAGAAAUUCGAUGUAGCCCGGUUCGGGUCGCCCUCAGAAUCGGCAGGCUCCGAUCGAGAUCGCGAUCGAGGGCCUCCGCCUCGUUAUGGCGAUAACGUAUUAAAUCAACACCGCAAACGAAGUUACCCACAUCCCCACAUGCCACUGAAGAGCCUGCACUCGAGAUCUAUGCGACGACAUCUUUCACCCGAAGGGUCAACGGCGGAGGAGCAAGAGCGAGAAGAAGAAAAUAAUUCUGAAAACAGUCAAAACAAUGGUAAUGGAGAGGCCGGAGAGAUCGACACAAUGGACCACACUCAGCAAGUUGCUGCCACAUCGCCAAUGUCCGAGGGCGGCGAAGCUGACGAGGAAAAUCACCAUCGUUCCUAUCUUUAUCAUCGCCACCGUCAUAAUCGUCAAGACAGCAACGAAGAAUCGGAAAAUCUUGGUAACAAUGAGAGCGAAGCUCUCGUAUCUGAGAGAGCAGCUUCCGCUGGCUUUGCCAAUGAUAAUCCUGGACUCGGAAGCCCCAGAGUACAAUUUGAAAAGAUACGAGAAGAGGGCGACGCCAGCCCGCCGACGGAUGAUCUCAUGAGCGACGAGGAACGAAAAUCCAGGCGGCAUCAUCAUAAGCACGAUCACAAGAGACACCACCACAAGUCCCGAAAGUAUUCUCUUCAAGAAGAUCCACAAUGGCGAAAGCGUUCAGGAGCCGGUCUUCCGGACGUGACGAAUCCGAUGGGUCGGCGAGUGAGUGUGCAGCCGGAAGAGGCGAGCACGCUUCAAGAGUUGGACAUCGACGAUUUGGAGUCCCACAGGAGCGACGAUCCCCGGGGUAUGAGAAGGCACAAAGCAGGACAUUCGACGGUGCAGAUUGGCAGGCGAAAAGAGGGCGGAAUACCCCACGAAACGUUCAAAAAAAUGUACGACCAUUCGCCCCACGAGGUGUUCGUACAGCUCGACGAAUUGCACGGCGUGGGCGAGGAGCGAGAGUGGCGAGAGACCGCGCGCUGGAUCAAGUACGAGGAAGACGUUGAGGAAGGCGCGGACCGAUGGGGGAGGCCCCACGUCGCCUCCCUGAGUUUCCACUCGCUGCUCAAUCUGCGAAGAUGUCUCGAGACCGGAGUCGUUCUCCUUGACCUCGAGGAGCGCGACGUUCCUGGCCUGGCUUAUCGCGUCGUUGAACAAAUGGUAGUCGAAGAGCUCAUCCUCCCGGAAGAUCGUACCGUCGUCAUGAGAGCUCUUUUGCUCAGGCAUCGCCACGUCCACGAACACGAUCGGGGCUUCCGAUUUGGCGGAAAACGCAACUACGCGAGUUACACCAGUUUGCAGUCGAUCUGGCUGGAGGAAGAAGAUGCUGCGCGGGACGGCACUGAGAACCAUGUAACCCAACAUAACUUGAACGACACGAAGCCGAAAAUCGUAUCGUCGAAUUUGGCACUGGACAACAAUCACACGGCGGUUGACAUGAAGGAAGAAAUGACGUACACGAGCAGCAACGAGGACCUCAAAAAAGUUCAUAACGAUCACAUUUUGAAGAGAAUUCCGGCGGGAGCCGAAGCCACUGUCGUCCUCGUCGGCGCCGUCGACUUCCUGGAUCAACCGACGAUCGCAUUCGUUCGUCUCGCAGAAGGAGCUUUCAUGCCUUCGAUCACCGAAGUAACGAUACCAGUGAGAUUCAUGUUUACACUUCUGGGCCCGAGAACAGCCGACCUCGAUUAUCACGAGAUCGGCAGAUCGAUCUCGACCCUCAUGUCAAACGCCUCCUUCCACAAAGUCGCUUACAAAGCCACCGAGAGGCGAGAACUACUCUCGGCCAUCAACGAAUUCUUGGACGAUUCGAUCGUCCUGCCACCCGGUGAUUGGGAGCGACAAGCUCUUCUACCUUUCGACGAAUUGAAAUCGAAAAGCGAGGCCAUCAAAAGACGAAAAGCCAAAGCUCUCGCCGCUGGAGCUAAAAAACCCAUUCAGAGUGAUGCUGCUGUCAAAAAAGCACUGAUGGCAGGCGAAGAGGAGAAAAAGCCGCCCGACAACGACCCACUGCGAAGGACGCGUCGACCGUUCGGGGGCUUGAUAAACGACAUAAAGCGGCGUUACCCUCACUAUUUAUCGGAUUUCACGGACGGCUUAUCAUCGUCGUGCAUAGCAGCAGCGAUAUUCAUGUAUUUCGCAGCGCUCUGUGCAGCGAUUACAUUCGGAGGCUUGCUGAGUGACAAAACUCACAACAUAAUCGGUAUCUCCGAGACUUUAGUCUCCUGUUGUUGGACAGGAGUGAUAAUGGCUCUUUUCGCAACGCAACCGCUCGUUAUAAUCGGUACGACAGGACCGUUGUUGCUUUUCGACGAGAGUCUUUAUAACUUCUGUCUGGCAAACGGUUUGGAGUUUUUGACGAUGAGGGUUUACGUCGGCGCCUGGAUGGGAGUCAUCGCGUUGACGAUCGCCUGCGUCGAAGGCUCCGUUUUGGUCCGAUUGUUCACGCGUUUUACCGAGGAGAUAUUCACCGGCUUGAUAUCGCUCCUUUACAUCGUCGAGACUUUCGUUAAGCUCGUCAAUUACUUCAAGAGAAAUCCUCUUCUGCCGGAAUACUGUUACGACGCGGGGAACAGCACGCUCGGCGAAAACGGCACGUACUUUGAAAACGCUACGGAGAUCCAGGGAUAUACUUAUUUGAAGAACGAGACAGGAUUGGCCAUCGCGAUGGAAAGCACGUCAGCUUUUUUGCCGGAUCACGACAACGCUGGCCUCAUAAACCAACCCAACACCGCUCUCAUGUGCACCAUCCUCUGCCUCGGAACCUUCCUCGGGGCUUACUAUCUUCGAAUAUUUCGUAACAGCCACUAUCUCGGACGCAGCGCCAGGAGAGCCUUCGGAGACUUUGGCGUUCCCAUCAGCAUCAUCGUUUUCGUAAUCAUCGAUUAUCUCGCCGGCGUUGAGACCGAAAAACUCCUCGUACCCGAGGGCCUCACGCCUUCCGUUUCCGGCAGGAGCUGGUUCGUCUCACCCGCUGGGACCGGCAAACCGAUCCCACUCUGGAUGGCGAUCGCUUGUGCUGUCCCUGCGCUCCUCGUUUACAUUCUCGUCUUCAUGGAAACACAAAUAUCCGAAUUAAUAAUCGACAAAAAGGAGCGAAAGCUUCGCAAAGGCAACGGUUAUCACAUGGACAUCGUGGUGGUGUGUUUAAUGAACGUCGGCUGUGGUUUGAUGGGUGCUCCAUGGUGUUGUGCAGCAUCAGUAAGAUCGUUGACUCAUGUCUCAGCGGUGACAGUAAUGUCGCGAACGCAUGCACCAGGUGACAAGCCACACAUAGUAGAAGUUAAGGAGCAGCGAGUGAGUGCACUUUUGGUUGCGAUAUUGGUGGGCGUAAGUGUGCUGAUGGCCCCGUUACUUCGUCGCGUACCGAUGGCAGUAUUGCUCGGAGUAUUUCUUUACAUGGGAAUAUCCUCGACGAACGGUGUCCAAUUAUUCGAUCGUGUUAAGUUAUUUUUCAUGCCGGUGAAGCACCACGGCAGUGCCAAUUACGUAAGACGCGUGCAAACCUACAAAAUGCACAUAUUUACGCUUGUACAAAUUUUGUGUCUGGCCACACUGUGGAUCGUGAAGAGCACGCGAGCCGCUCUCUCAUUGCCCUUCUUCCUUAUCCUCAUGAUUCCCCUGAGAGCACAAAUGACACGGUUCUUUACGAACGCUGAAUUGAGGGCUCUCGACAGCAAAGAGCCCGAGCACGAAGCAGCUGGCGAGGACGAGCCUGAUUUUUAUGAGGAAGCACCAUUGCCUGGUUAGACUGUGCCUUAAAUCAAUUUUCCCACUGAUCCUGCCCUGAAAAUCAGCAGAAAAAAACACUCCUUCAUUCUUUUUUUCUUUUCUUCAGAAUCCUAUAAAAACGCAAAUUGACACUUUUCAACGUUUUCUAAUAUCCCUUUUUCCUUCCCAGUCAUGAUUGACCGCAGGGGUGGCUCAAUAUGAAAUAUUUUGUCAAAUUCAAUGUCGACGAAUAUCACUGAGGGUCCGACUCGGAUAGAAUUUAUUUUUGUUUUCACCGAGUGUCAUUUAAUCCGCGAUAUUUUACGAGGGACUCAUUCAAAUGUGUGGAUUGUUGUAUUAACGAGGAAGAUAAAACAGAGAUAUAAAUAAGGAAUUCCACGUGAGACCGACGGACUUUUUCCCUGACCCCCGCCAAUUUGGUUAAUUUUUUUUUGUAUGAUUAUAUUAAGUCUAGAAGACACCUCGACGUUUUUCAAGAUUUUUCUGAACAGCCAUUUUGAAAAAAAAAAGACAAAAAAAUAUCCGGAAAAACGCCCGUUUUUAAAAAUCUGAAAAAAUUCCGAAAAAUCAGUGAUUGUAUGCCAAACAUUUUAAGUUGUCGACCGUAGUGGAAGUAUGAUUUUUUCUGUGUGUUUAUGAGCCAUUAACGUUGAAAAAUUCCGAAAAAAAUGAAGAAACGCUCACUCCGAGCCAAUAGUUAAAUAUUUUGCUACCUAAAACUAAUUUUCUUCACAAUUUUCCAAUAAUCGAAUAAAAAUUAUGGAGCAAAAAAUUGCAACUGUUCCGUAUCUCAAUUAUCGGUCGAUAAUUGAUAAGCGAUAGCUUAAAAUGUUUAGCAUACAACCACCGAUUUUAGCGAAUUUUUUCAAAUUUUUAAAAAGACGCGUUUUUUCGGAUAUUUUCUUUCUAAAAUGGCUGUUCAGGAAAAUCUAAAAAAACGUCGAGGUGUCUUUUGGACUUGAUGUAAUCAUACAAAUAAAAAUAAACCAAAUUGACGGAAGUCGGGGGAAAAAGUCCGCUGGUCUCACGUGGAAUAUCUCAAAUACUUUAGCAUCGCUCUGGAGCGAUACGAAUGCGGCUAUAAAGUUUAAAAAAUAUCUAUAUUUAUCGAUUUUUAGCUGUUUUAGGAACAAUGUGUAUUAUAUAGGCUACGUUAACGCGAUUCCUGUUAUAUAAACAAAAGAAAAACAAGAGAUAGUUGAUCAUCGAUUUUAUUCUAGAAAAUCGAGACGACAAAUGAAAUAUUAAAAUAAUAUCUUCGAUAUCGUUUUAAUUAAAGUGUAAAUAUUUGCGUUAUCAACGUACUUUGUUGUAAAUGAACUAAUCAUUGAAAUUCUCUCCUUCAAACUAUUUUAACAUUUUCAUCUUCACGUGUCGAGGUCCACGUUAUCGAUGAAUCUCAUAUGAACAAUUCAACGACUAUCGUCGUUUUAAUGAACUAUCUUUUAUUUCGAUAAUCACGAUUCAGUAUUUUAUCCCGAUUUUUGCCGAUAACGCUCGUUUGUUAUUAUUAACAUUGAUAUUCAAUGCAUUGUUAUCAUUAUGAUCCCUCCGGCGAGGCUCACUAUGACUAUCGAACGAUAAAAAAUAAAUUUGCAUCGAUGUGAGAAAUUUCCAAAAAUCGAAAUUAUUUAAUUUUUAUUCUGAUUCAAAGUAUUGAAGUUUAUAUAAUUUUUUCAAGAUUUACGAAAUUGCGUGAAAAUCUUUCGAAAUUCACACUAAUGACAUUGCUAGCAAGUUUAACGACUUUUUUUUUCUAAUUCGAGUUUCAAAACAUUUAUUAAAAUCGUGAUAACCGUUUUUUCUUCAAUUUUUUAAUAUAAAGUCAUAUCAAAAUAUACGUUGAGAAUUAGGAGUAAAAAUCUCCAUGCGAGAACGGAAACUGAGCGAAUCUUUUUUAUCGUAUCGAAAGAAAAAUGUCAUUUCAAUAAAAAUAUUUCGGCCAUGAAUUGCGCCCCGAUAUUGGAGCAGUUUAAGAAUCAAAAACAAUUGUAAUCGAUAAUGAUUAACAAUUUUACACUCUAUUUGCAUUACAGACCACCUCGAAAAUUUUAAAAAUCAAUUUUAACGUUGAAAAUCGGCGAAACGAAUCCUUUUUAAAUGAAAAAGAGAUCGAGAGUUGUGGUAAAAGAAAUUUUAAAUUUGACAUUUGUCAGAUUCUUCUGGCCCGUCCAUACUCCAUCAGAACAUAUUGAAAUACUUCCUUUCUCAAUUUAUACCGUUCAAGUUACCUCCAAAAAAAUACUAAACAAAUACGAUUAUUCUCAUUUUGCGGUUUAUUCAUGAAGCGUCUGUAUAAUUGCACGAAAAAAAAAAUCGACUGAGAGAUUGUACAAGAUUGAAUAUGAAACGAUGAAGAAAAAGACAAAAGAGAGUGUUGCGAUUGAGUAGUUUUCUUAUCACUUACACAAUGCAUCAUUAUCACGUUUAACGAAUUGAAAAUGUUUAAUGAAUUUGAAAGGAAACAUUGAAAUUCAACGCUUGUUGACUCGAACGAGUCAAACACUUUUUUUUUGCACACAUUUCAAUACUGCAGGUCUGGUUAACCUUUAAUUUUUCUCUACAAUCCAUUGCUUUCAAUAUCCCUGAAACAUUCUUGACAGCUCGAAUCAAAAUGAAAUUUCAUAUAAUUCAUAAAAAUCAACGAUUCUUUACUUUUUGAAAUCAUUUGGAAAAAAAACUGGUUUCAAGGGCAUGAGCACAUCUUCGACUGCCAGAUGCAAUUUUUAUGAGUAAACUUUUGGCUGAAUUUUUCUCAAAUAUAUUAUUUGAUGAGUGUAUCAAUUUUUAGCCUUCCAAAUUCUCGAAAAAUUGGAAUCGUGGAUUGUAGGAAUGAUUAAAUGAAAGUUUUUUAAUAAAAUGGCACCACGAUGGUAUACGAAUUGGACAAUAAAGUUGCAGUGAAAAUCGAUGUAUUGAAAAAAAAAUGUACCUGAUCGCCGGCUGGUAUAGUAAUGCAAAAAGCCAAGCACGUUGCAAAAAAAAAGCAAUUAUGUUCAACGUCCCAGCGAUCAUUGCCAACUGGAGCGAUUGAUUGACACUCAAAUCGAUACACGGGAAUUGUCAGCUGACCGCGAAAUAUUUGAAAAACGCUUAACUUGUGUUUUGUGCACUUUCAGAUAAAGAAAAUUUGCAAUGAGCGCAAUGUAAUCGAGGAUUUGGUGAUCGUUUCAAUAUUUUUUAUAAUAUACAAACAUAAAUGUAAAUACUAUUUUCGUAUAAUGCGAGGAAUAAAUAUUUUUCAAAUGCACUUGCAACGUUCUUGGCGAAUGAUCUUUUUUGCGCAACGAUGCAGUCAGCAGUGUGAUGAUGAUGGUGACGACGACGAUUACGAUGGAGAUAAUGAUGGUCCGAUGAAACGAUUAUUUUUCUAAAAAGCAACACAAGCAUAUGCGAUUAGAACGUAUUGAAUUGUGAGACCAAGUUGACAAUGAAAUGAAAUAAAUACCGGAUUACGAGAAUGCGGGGUAAAAAUAUGCACACAACUGACACAUGUAGAAAAACUAUAAACGUGUAAGAUAAAUAUUGAGCAUGAAAAAAAGGGGGAUGAAAAGACGACCCUGUGUAUCAAAUUUUAGAAAAAAGAGCAAAUUGUAUUUUCAAUCUCUCUACAAUUAGAAAAUUAUACUGAUACGGUUGUUGUAUGUUCAAACUAACGAUCAAUUCUAGAUUCUCAACGUCAAUGAGUAUCGAUGACGUUGUAUGAGGCGUUGAAACGAAAACCACUCGAUGUGACGUUCGAGUGAAGUAUUGAAAAUACAUUCGUGUCCAUAAAUUUUUCACUGUUUUAAUAUUUACUCCAAAUCGGAUGUUUCAUAGUUUUUGGGAAUUAAAACGAAACUUCAAACACGUAUUCGGUGAGGAAAUUUCGUUUCAGCCUUGAGAAUCGAAUGGUUUUGAAAAAUUUGCAGUGGGAUGAUUUUUCAUGAGAAAUAGUCGGUAUAAUUUUUAACUGAAACAAGAACAACAAAAAAUGUUUAGUUUUUGUACGAAUGCUUUCAUCAAUUAAUGAAAAAACUGAUUGCUUUAGAGGAAAAAAAAGAUAAGAAUUUUUCGAAUAUUUUACUACGUUUUGGACGCGAAUGUACGACCGAAAAAUUCACACAAAAACAAAUAUCAGAAAUAGAGAAUGAUAAAACGGUGUAAUUAAGAUGAAAAAAUCCUCCUAGUUCAAUGUGAUAGAGGAAUUACAGUUGCUCGAAAACUCGAGGGUACUUAGAAAAUGUUUACUGUUAUUCAAAUGUCUACGACAAACAUAGAAUUUUAAAUCGCACGCGAGCAUAUAUAUGUUUAUAUGUAUAUGCACGUGUUAAUAUUCUUCGAUAUGUUUGGCAAGUGUUAUCGAGGCAAAAGUAAAUAUUGUCAAUACCGAUUGCGAGCAUCGUCCGCCUGCAUCGAUUGAUGGAACAACAAUAACGGAAAACAAAAUGGAGUAUAAAAAAGUAUUGUAAAUAAUUGAGUUAACGAUUACGCAGUAUUAAAUAAAUAGUAAAUAGGCUCUGAGUAGCUGAUUCUCAUGCCUUAAGUUAAAAUCGCUGAAUAAAUAUUUUAAUUUUCUCUCUUAA